AUGGAUUAUGUAUAUAUGGAAGCAGGUUCAUUAAAUGUACGAACAAAUGAAAGAUAUAAAGAAAGACAACGGGAUUACAAGAAUUUGAGGAAGGCUUUGUGUGCUGGUUUUGCAAAUAAGCUUGCUGAGAGAAUGGUACAACACAAUGGCUACAGAACUAUAGGUUUCAAGCCCCAACUAGUUCAGGUGCAUCCAUCGUCCACACUAAGAACAGAUGAAGAUGGAAUGUUUCCAAACUAUGUUGUGUAUCAUGAACUCAUUGCCACCUCGCGUCCAUACAUGCGCAAUGUAUGUGCUGUAGAGAUGUCUUGGGUCAACCCCACUUUGAAGAAGCUGGAGAAACUGAAUAUCAACAAGCUGAGUGGGGGAUCUGGUCAUACUGUUACAGAGGAAAGCGAGCAAAAGGUCUCUUACUUGCCAAAGAAAGAGGAGGCUGUUGCUGGAGUUCCAGAUGACAGUAAAAGUAGAAUUCAGGCAGCUAGGGAUCGCUUUCUUGCUCGGAAAGGAAAGAAAUGA